AUGGGACAAGUGUAUAAUCGAGGCAGAGGAUUAGGUUGGGAACCAGAAUGCUGGCAGCUCGUGAUAAAAAGCGUGAACGUACCGCCGACAGUGAAGGCCGACGACACCGAUUACGUGAUCCUGGACUGUGACUAUGAUCUCGAGAACACGGAGAGCAACGGAUUAGUCGUGAAAUGGUUCUUCAACAAGGAGGAAGUGGCUUACCAAUGGAUAUACGGCUCGGAGCCUUUAGCCGGGGAUACCAUGAAGAAAUACGUCGACCUGAAGUACAAAGCCAGUGACGAUCCGUACACCAAGUACCGAGCUAUAAAAUUGAAUAAGCCGGGCAUCGAUCUUACCGGCGAGUACCAGUGCGUCAUAUCCACUUUCGAGGACGAGCAGUCAGCGAGCGCCUCCAUGGUUGUGUAUUCGACGGAGGACAAAUUCGAUCUUGUAUAUAGAAAGAAAGUCAUAGAUGAUAAGGAUGGGGUGGAGAUAACGUGCAUGGCAGAAGGACUAUUUCCACAACCCACCUUGGAUAUAUCCAUCGAGGGUGUUUCGGAAAAGCAAACAGCGCAGCCAACGCUUACGCGGGACAAGGAUGGACUGUUCAAUAUCUUAUCACGAACGGCCUUACUGGACGAAGAUUUACCGAAAGCAGCGAUUGUCAAAUGCUUGCUCGGUAUACCGACGGCGAACUACAACGUUUCCCACAAAACCGUCUACUAUCCUGGACCGCCUACUACUACUUCAACCGCUACAACGAAGCUGCUGCACAAAAUGGAGAUCCAAGCGCUAGACAACUCAGAGGCUGGCAAUGGUGGUGGAAAUUUCGCUGAUCGAUUGUCAAUUAACGUCCUGCUAGUCAUGAUGCAUUUGGUACUGGUCAACAUAUUCAAUUAACCGUUUGAUUGUUAGGUCGCCGCCUAAACGAAGUCCCGAACGACUGGCGAACGCGUGUUAAAGGUCAGCCGUUCCGACCUAUCGUCUUAUACUACGCCUAAGAUACUUAUCGACGGACAUCGUGUGCCCACGUUAAAUGUUUCACAAAAUGUGACAGAGUCAAGCGUCAAGGAAUCGGUCAACGUUCACGUUCAUCGUUCGCACGAGAAAGUCCUGUUUGUAUAAUUCGACACACACACACGCUCGCGCGGAGGAAGAGUGAGUGA